GUUGAAGUUAAUUACGAGAAAAAAAAGUCUGCUGACUUUAUUUUUUUUCUCAGUUGCUCAGCGUUCGUUUUGUCGACAGACACUGAAACAUCUCAUCUCCAUCUGGAAUAACUUUACAUCUUUUAAAACAGCCUGCAUCUUCAAAAAAACUCCUGUAGACUCGAUCCAUCUUGACACGCCUGCGUGUGCGUGCGUGCACGAGUGCCUCCAUGUUGCCUCCGGCGAAGAAUGACAGGAUCAUCACACACCUCCCCAAGUGCUUCAGUCCCCGAGCGGCGCUGCACACCAAAGACGUCUUCCAUCCCGACGUGAAGGCCGCGUGUCGUGACCACAGGGAGGAUGCCGUCAGCUUUAACGUGGCCAAAGUCAUCGUGGUGGGCGACGUCUCUGUCGGGAAAACAUGCUUGGUCAGCAGGUUCUGCAGGGGCGCCUUCGAUAGGAACUACAAGGCCACCAUCGGUGUGGACUUUCAGAUGGAGCGCUUCGAGGUGCUCGGCGUCCCCUUCAGUUUGCAGCUGUGGGACACGGCAGGCCAGGAGCGCUUCAAGUGCAUCGCCUCCACGUACUACAGAGGAGCUCAAGCCAUCAUUGUGGUGUUUGACUUGAGCAGAGCCAGCUCCUUAGUGCACGCCAGGCAGUGGCUGGAGGACGCAAUGAGGGAGAACGACCCCUCCAGCGUUCUACUCUUCCUUGUGGGCACCAAGAAAGACCUCAGUUCCCCUGAGCUGCUGGCUGACGUGGAGCAGGAAGCCAUCAGACUCUCAGAGGAAAUCAGGGCGGAGUACUGGGCCGUUUCUGCAAAGUCAGGGGACGGCAUCACAGAUUUUUUCCUGCGUGUGGCCUCUUUGACCUUUGAGGCCAACGUCCUGUCUGAGCUGGAGAAAGGCAGCUCCAGGAGCGCGGGGGACAUCAUCAAGAUCACAAGCAGCAAAGAAGACAAGCGCAGGCUUGCCAGGAGGAAGUCCAACUGCUGCUGACGAGAGAAGAGGAGCAUCACAGCAAACGUGGACUCGUAAAUGGACACGUAGCAGCUACCGUCAUGUGUAAAUAUGAUGAAUAAAAAAAAAU